CGCACGCGUUGUACCCCUCCAUCAUGUCUGGAUUCGAUGCAAAUAGGGUGUACAGCGUCUCCACCCCCCAGCGGGCUAUCCCUCAGGCCGCUGAUUUGCCAUCUGAGGCGGAAAAGUCACUGCUAGACUUUAUAAUGCAGUACCGCGUUGGAGGGGACUUCAUCUACAGAGACAAUUUGCGUGCGAAUUUGCUUCUCAAGCAACAUCUGCUAGAGGUGGACUUGAGGCACGUUGGCUUGUACAACGACGAAUUGGCGCACUCGAUCCAGGAUCGACCCUCAGAUGUCUUGCCACUAUUUGAGAACGCGGCGACGCGUGCAGCUCGCUCAAUUUUGUUCCCCCUCAUGAAGCAGACCGACCAGCAGCAGAACGAGAUCAUGGAGGAGGCCAUACCCCGCGUCCAAGUCACCAUACGCUCUGGUCUUAACAUGCUGCAAUUCCGCGAAUUAACCGCCGACGUGAUGAGCAAGCUCGUACGCGUGCCGGGCAUUGUCAUCUCUGCCUCCGUUCUCUCCUCGCGCGCAACGAAGCUGCACCUGCAGUGUCGAUCGUGUCGGCAUGUUCAUAUCGUACACCCUGCUGCUGGGAUUGGUGGCUCCGAUAGCGUUCUUCCGCGCAAAUGCCUGAACAAUGACACGGCUGGACAACCCAAGGACUGCCCACUCGACCCGUACUUGAUCAUCCAUCCGAAGUCGACGUUCGCGGACCAACAGACCUUGAAGUUGCAAGAAGCACCAGAUAUGGUCCCCGUCGGAGAACUCCCUCGACACCUACUCCUGUCAGCCGACAGAAACUUAACAGGCAAAGUCGUGCCGGGCUCUCGCGUUGUUGUUACCGGUAUAUUCUCAACCUUCCAAUCUACUAAGAACAGGAGCAACAACGCGGCUGCCUUGCGACAGCCGUACAUUCGCGUCGUGCAUCUGGAGACAAUGUCUGCCGCAGGCGCAGGUGCAGGCUCGAACCCGUUCGGCUUGCAGUUCAGCCCCGAAGAGGAGGAAGAGUUUGGCGAGAUGGCGCGCAGUGAGAACUUCUACGAGCGAUUCGCGAAGAGCGUGGGGCCCAGUAUCUACGGCAGCUUAGAUAUUAAAAAGGCCAUAACAUGUUUGCUCUUCGGCGGCUCGAAGAAGGUUCUUCCCGACGGCAUGCGUUUGCGAGGCGAUAUCAACGUGCUCUUGCUGGGUGACCCGGGAACGGCCAAGAGUCAGCUUCUGAAGUUCGUCGAGAAGGUCGCACCCAUUGCUGUGUAUACAUCCGGCAAGGGCUCCAGUGCUGCAGGUUUGACCGCUUCGGUACAACGAGACACGAAUACGCGCGAGUUCUUUCUGGAAGGUGGCGCAAUGGUCUUGGCCGAUACGGGUGUCGUCUGCAUCGAUGAGUUCGACAAGAUGCGAGACGAGGACCGAGUCGCUAUUCACGAAGCGAUGGAGCAGCAGACCAUCUCUAUUGCGAAGGCUGGCAUCACAACCGUCUUGAACUCCCGAACCAGCGUCUUGGCAGCCGCCAACCCUGUCUUCGGUCGAUAUGACGAAGGGCGCAGUCCGGGCGAGAACAUAGACUUCCAAACGACAAUUUUGUCACGUUUCGACAUGAUCUUCAUCGUCAAGGACGAGCACAACGAGCAGCGCGACAAGAUGAUCGCGAAGCAUGUCUUGAACAUCCACAUGAAUCGUCCUGGACAGGACAAUGGCGAGGAGAUGGGCGAGUUGCCUUUGGACAAGAUGAGGCGAUACAUUGCGUACUGCAAGGGCAAAUGCGCACCUCGUCUUUCCGCUGACGCACAGGAUAUGCUGAGCAGUCACUUUGUGAGCUUGCGCAAGGAGGUGCAGCAAGUUGAGCAGGAUAACAAUGAGCGAAGUUCUAUCCCCAUCACUGUUCGUCAGCUCGAGGCUAUCAUCCGGAUAUCCGAGUCGCUCGCGAAGAUGACCCUGUCUCCCGUGGUCAAGAACCACCACGUCGAAGAGGCAAUCCGACUCUUCAAGUUCUCCACCAUGGACGCCGUCACCGCCGGCUCCGCCGACGGCAUGUCGCGCGGCGAGCUUAACGAGGAGAUGACCCGCAUAGAGAAGGAGAUCAAGCGACGACUGCCCGUCGGCUGGAGUACGAGCUACCAGAGCUUAGUCAAGGAGUUCGUAACUCAGCAGGGGUACUCGAGUCAUGCGCUUGAGCGUACACUGUUUGUGCUCGAGAAGAGGGAGAUCAUACGGUUCUCGUCUCAGAAAAAGGUUGUUCAUAGGGUUGGGGUCUAGUCAUGCAUCGUCCAGAUCCUUGUUUCUUGUGUAUUGUGUCUGUCGCAUUGCUUUGUUGCUAUUUCAUGUGUUUUACCACAGGUUAUCUGUGCGCGGGCGGGAGCAGGGAAGA